CUUGCUACGAGCAGAUGACCUUAUAGCUUAGCUGGACAACCACAUCCAAUAAUUAAUUCUACAAACAAUUUCAUUGCUUUUUGGCUCUGAUGUGCCACAAUGCCAUUGGCUCAAAACCUUCAUGUUUGAGUAGUUUGAUACAGAAAGAGAUGGAAACCAGACAAAUGCUUCAUGCAAACAAGCUGUUCUUGUUGCUUUGUGAACUCGGAGAGAGAGAGAGAGAGAGAUAAUUCAGAACAGGGUCACUUGUUUGUUUUUCACUUUUUCCUACAUUUAGUUGGUUGCUUUGUCCUUUGAAGUUUUGUUCUCUUCUCGUUCUUUUGAGGGGGAGAGAGGGUUAGAAGGCAGAAGAGAGGAGUGUGCUGUUUUCUUGCCGGAAAGAGUGACAGAAUGUAUAAGCAAGCUUUAAUGGGAGAUGCAUGGAUAAGAGAAGCUCAAGAAGCAUCAAAGUUGGUGGAAGAUAUAGAAACUAGAGUAAAGAACAAGAACCCAUCUCUAAAACACCAAGAAAAUAGGCUUGUAGACAUUACUGCUCGGUCCAAGCUUUUGGAAGCUGGGAUCAAACUUGAUCGUCUUGAAUCUCUCCUUAGAAACCCUCCUUCAAAACCCAUUUUAACUGUGACUGUUCGCAAAUGGUUGUUUCUAACUCUCUUUGUCAUGGAUAUGGUAGAUUCACUGUCCAUUUGCAGAACUAAUGAAGAUUUGGAUUAUCGGUGGAACAUGCUGUCGGAAAUGCAGCUAAGAACAAAAGCAUUGGCUCUUAGCCUGUAUGCGUUACCAACUUCAAGCAGGCCAGGAUGCUUAACUCCUGGAAAUGCCAAAGCAAUAAACACAAAUGUCAAUGACUGUGAGCAAGAUCAAACAAAAACGUCAUUGUCCAAAGAUGACCCAGAGCUUCUCAGACCUCUCAUUUCUAAUGAUGUAACGAUGCAAAGCCAACUGCAGAUGAAGCAGUGUGGUACUUCUACUUCAUUUAGUUUGCUUCAGAAGGUUUUCUGGAUCUUCGGUGCAGUACUUGGAUCAGCUGCACUUAUAUUCAUCUUGGUUCUCAUCUGUGCAGUCAUAUAAUCUGAUUCUCAGCUGACCAUUUUGAUUUUAAGACGUCUUCAUAAUCUUAAAGCUGGGAAAAUAUUUUACACCAAUCUGUCUUCUACAUUUUUGUUUGGUAUAUGACAUUUCAGGACAGAGGAAGCCUAUUUUGUAGAAUCAAAUACAUAGUUACAAACAAAACUUAUUGAAAUAAAUGAGGUGAUAUUUUAUCAUCUACUACAAUUUUGAAUAGUAA